CAGUGUACAAACCUAUAAUUUUUCUAGCUGUUUCACUUCGAACAUAAUCUGUUGUGUUGACUGUUGUGUACCAUUUGCGAAGCUGAGCAAGUCUGUUUCCUAUUGACUAUUAUUACAGGACAUAAACAGGUUAAAAAGGAGUAAUAGGGAUUGAUCUUCAAACAGUUAUUUUGUAGAUGCCAAAUGUUAAACUUUGAUUAUAAAACCAAACCAUACAUACCAAUGUUCUCCCAGUUAAUCUUGAAAUAAUUGACGUGCAACUAGAAUAUCCUCGGCUGCUAAUCUAGUAGAUAUGUAAGGAUGUUACAUUAUGAAAACUAACCAGGGUGCACUCUUGGUUCGAACCCAAGUUAGCCACAUUUACACUUGUAUAACUAACCCAGUUUAGAGUUACCAGGUUUAGUUUUUGUAAUGAAAAUAGGGUUCACUCCAUGGUGGGAGCCACACCCCAAAACAUACAGAUCUCUGGAUACACUUCUAUAGGUUAUAGUAGACAGCAAUACAAAAUAAAAGAUAGCCAUCAGAAAAGUAAUUAAUAAGGUAGGAAAACUAACUUUCUACCCUGCAACCUACUCUCUGAAUACUCUGAUACUCUUGGGAUUAAAAUUGUUACAAAAACGAGAAGGAUCUGACAAUUCCUAGCAAAAUACUGCCUUUGCCAGAGCGGUUAUUGAACACAAAGGGCAGGCUUGACAUGUCAGAUUCUUCUCCUUCAGAUUCAAUUACUAUACUAGUGCUGACUCUCUUCCACAGUCCCUCGACAAGGCGGCACUUGUGGGUUGGAACAAUAGCACAGAAUAAAGAUCAGUACCAGAAGGGCCACUCAGCUUUGCAAAGUGUCACCAUUUUUCUAUGCAAAAAUAUGCAGUUGACUGGCCAGAAGGCGGGGCCUUCAGCCAAUACAGCGCGUUUAUUGGCCAGAAAAUGUAAUCGACUGGCUAGGAAGAUGGCGGCCAGGGUGACAGAAACUUCAAAGCUUCCGACAUAUUAAGUGGCCCUUCUGUGUGCCUUAUUCUGUGACAAUAGAAUGCAAAGGUCCAUGGGAAUGCUCUAGACCUAUCAAUGCAUUCCCAUCAUUCAAUGUGGGAUGAGUGCUACUGGGGAUGAGCCAUGUACCUAUAGUGCACCUGGGCAACAUGAGAAUCUGAUUAAUAUUCUUUUGUUUUGCCAGAGCAAAAGCCAAAUGAGGUCACAUGGGAAUGCAUUAAAUGACGUCACAUGGAACGUAUUUAUUUUGCACAAAAACAAAAUAUAUGAAUAAAAUUAUUACCUGUCUGCGCAAAAGUCCUUGGAUUAUCGGGAUAGACCGCAAACAGCAGCUGUUCAAAAUCAUUCUGAUUCAAGAAAAAAGCGAAAAUACCCGAUGAAAAUCCGAGAAACGUGCACUCGAAAAUUUCCGUUUAUAUUAUUUUUCUAUUUAAAUGAGCGACCGCAUAGAUCAUUUUGUGCGGGCUCGUAAACAAUAUGGUUGCCAACAUGUGAAAAUAUGAUUUUAGUUUUAAAAUUCGGUUUUGUUGAGUAUUUUGUCGCUAAUAAUCUUUGAAUAUUGGAGUAUCUAUUGUUUUAGUAUUUCGAGGGCAAUUUUGAGCAUUUUGCUUUUUAUAUCAUUUUAAACUAACCUAUAAACUUCUAAAAUUACGAGGCAAAUAUACGAUAAUUUUGUUUUAUUAAAAUGGAGAAUGAUAAAAACGUUGAUCACGAAGAAAUCAAAGAACAGGAGAGUGCAAAAAGAGCUAUUGAAGAAGUCGACGACGAUAGUAAAAAUAUAGAUGAAAGGAACAAAAAAUUAAAAUCUGAAAAUACAAACAAGACAGACCAUGACCCAGACCCAAUGACUUGUGAUCUUGUCGAAAAUGAUAAAAGUGAAAAAACUGAUGAGAUAAAUGUUGAGAAGAAAGAAGAUGGUGGUCAAAAGAAGGUCUUUCUGUUUCUCUCAUAUCAUUGUAAUAAUGCACCAUCAAUGUUUAUAACCCUCAGAGGGGUAUGGGGAGGGGGUCAGGCACAUAGCGAUUAUAAAUAACACUAGAGGAGGCAUCAAGUUUAAAAAUUGGGAACGCAGCUAAUGGGGGGGCAAAUUCAAGUCCCGGAUAUAAAAUUGUGCUCUCAUUGGCUGAUUUGAAACUCGUCACCAAUGGGAACACGAAUACACAUCCGGGACUUGAAUUUGUCCCCCAAUAGUCGCGUUCCCUUUUUUUUACUGAAUUAAGAUUACAAUGCCUCCUCUAGUGUUAUUUAUAAUUUAAUAAUGAUUUAAUUUAAAUCAUUAAAUUAAAUCAUUAAAUUAAAUCAUUAAAUCAUUAAAUCAUGAUUGUGUUUGCACCCUCUGCAAAUUUACCUGAAUUUUACUUGAAUUUGUCCCCCAAUAGUCGCGUUCCCUUUUUUUUACUGAAUUAAGAUUACAAUGCCUCCUCUAGUGUUAUUUAUAAUUUAAUAAUGAUUUAAUUUAAAUCAUUAAAUUAAAUAAUUAAAUUAAAUCAUUAAAUCAUUAAAUCAUGAUUGUGUUUGCACCCCCUGCAAAUUUACCUAUAGGGAAUUCCAUUGUGUUUGCACCCCUUGGACUAUUGUGUUUCAUUAUGGCGUUGCUAACCUUGGAAGGGUCGAGUUUUUUUUGUCCAAAGUUCAAUCGACCGCAAUAGGAAACUUUACUGGAUUUAUUUGUAAGGAUACAGGAAGGAUUAGAAAAAGAGAUCUAAAAGGUUUAAAUCUGGGGCCGGUUGUUCAAAGGUGGGUUAGCGCUAACCCUCAGUUAAAAUUUAACCAGCUGUUUUGGUAUUUGUAUUUCUGCACUUCUGUUUAUUUCACAAGUUCAGAGAAAUAAACUCUUAUAGACAAGUGCUUGUCAGGAAGUUUGCUUUGAAUUUUAGGUUAACCUAGGGUUAAGUUAAUCAACUUUCGAACAACUGGCCCCUGGUGUUCAACCUGUCACUCUGUCAGCAAUCCUCCCUUGGCAGGUCAUGCACAAUCCUGGGCGUAUUUCAUGCAAUCAAUACACCAAGGCAAACUUGCAUUGUCAUAAGGGUACAAAAUGUUCAGAUCACAUACAAUGAAAUGACAAAGAUUGCAUACAUUAUCCAUUCUGUGCCAAUGCUUUCCCCUUGAUGAGUAAAAUUGUCUGGUGUUAGACAGAGUAAGGUAAUAAAUAAAGUUGGGUGCAGGCCAGGACAACAUUGCCACUUAAAAAGUUAAUAAAAAAGAUCUGAUUUGCUUAAAACAAUUUUGUUGGACUAAACCUUUUACAUAGAAUGUGUACACCUAUUGGUAACUUUGAAAUUAUAAUUUAUUUAAAGGUUAAACCAAAAAUAAAUUAUAGCAAGAAAAAGAAAUGUGUGCUAUUGCUAUCUUAUUGUGGAAGUGGCUACAAUGGCAUGCAAAGGUUGGACAAUUAUAACUUUAAUUUUUUGCAUUUAUAAUGCUGUACCUGUAUGCUGUACCUGUACAGUAUAUUAAUCUUUAAAUAAAGUUCUUUACAAAAUUGAUCACCCAGUACAACAACCCUUCAAAUCGUCUGGUUUUAGACCUUCAGAGUUAAAGCUAGGUCAUUUGAGUAGGUUGCUCAACCAGAUAUAAUGGACAACUUGUAUGUUAGGCUAAAUUUUAAUCUAUAAGUAAAGAGAAGGGAAUAAAACACAACAGUUAAAAAGAACAUAAUGGAAUUAGUAAAGUUUCAAAAUAUGGUUGCAAAAUGUUGUGAAAUACAGAAAAUAUAGCCUUGCAAAGUUUGCAUAUUUUCAGUAUAUUUGUAUUACGUGCGGAAAUUGUUACCAUUUCCGGCUCAAAAAUGGUAACAAUUUCCGCACGUAAUACAAACAUACUGAAAAUACGCAAAUUUUGCAAGGCUAUAUUUUCUGCAUAAUAUAUUUACAACAUUUCGUAAACCAAAUUUUGAAAUUUUACUGAUUUUAGUAAGUUCCUUAUGGGAAUUUACUUUUUUCCCCCUGAAUAAAAAAUUAGUCUAACAUGCAAGUUGUCUAUUGCUUGUAAUGGGUUAUUACCAGAUUCCCCCCACCCAAAAAGUAUGUCAUGUUUUCAUAUCAUAACAAUGUACUGCUAAAAUGGCAAACUAUUAUCAGCUAAUUUUAGCAGAAUUCAUGCAGGGAUGGAUCCAGCAUGAUCUGGUAGGGUUCUGCCAGCUCUGGUGCCGAGUUGUAAAUCCAUCCCUGUAGAAUUAUAUGUUAACUGAUCAGAUGUUGCCAUUCUCAAGAUAUAUCACAAUAUUAGGAAUGUAGUCAUAUUCUUGAAUGUUUUGAUAUAAUAUACAGUAUGACACAUUUUGGGGGCAAGAGAAUGCAUGGACUAGAUAGAUGGUAACCAUUAAAUGUACACAUUGUUGCUUUUAUAAAAUGAAAGAUCAUCUGGCAUUAGACAGAAAAUAACAACGAAUGGUGGAUAAAUUUCCGUAGUGACUCACUGUACAUGUACAAAUGGGUUAGAGACAUUUCCUUUCAUUGUUGCCAAAAGACUGUUUAAAAAAGUACAAAGAUAUUAAUGUUAUUUCAAAUUAAUCGCCUGCAGGAAUCCUGGUGUAAAGACGAUUGAGGAAGAUCUUACAAAUGCUUUAUUUAAAGCAAGAGCAAUUUCUGAAGAUGCAUCAAGAAAUUAUGGAAAGGUUUGCCAAGUUAAAUUUUGGACAAAUAUAUUGCCAGGGACACAUUGUUGAAAUAAUGCAUUGCCUUGUCAAUAACUUAUAAAAUAAAGGUCCUCAUAGGCUCAUAUCUUGAAUUACAAGAUGGAUUGAUAGAACUUUUAUUCAGAAAUUAAUAUAAAGAAUAAGAUGUCAUUAGGGUAGCUUCUCUGUUUACAAGAUUUGAUUUUUUAGAUGUCUUUUCAAAGAUGUGCAAGAACAGACAAAGGUGUUUCAGCUGCUCGUCAAGUUGUUUCACUUAAGAUAAGUUUUGAAUAUUGGUUUAAUUACAUGUAAAUUCAUUAGCAAUUAAUUCCCCGCACUUUCCACCUUGACAAGAAAAAUUGUCUUGCCUUAGACAAACUAAAACAAAACAGUAGGCCUACUAGGCCAUGCAUCUAUAGGCAUAUUGUAGUCCUAAACAGGUUAACAAUGGACCAUUUGCAUUAUAGACUAAAUUUUGGUCUAGACAAAAAUUUCAUCACAGCUUGAAAGACCAUCACAAAAUUAGUAAUAUUCUAAAGUUUCGUUGUGGAAUGUUGUAAAAUGCGGAUAAUAUAGCCUUGCGAAGUUUGCCGUUUUUCAGUCAUUUUGUAUUACGCACGGGAAAUUGACAGCCCAAUCGGGUGUUGGGGCAUCAAUUUCGCGUUUGUAACACAAAAUGACUGAAAAUUGCAAAUUUCGCAGGGCUAUAUUAUCCGCAUUUUACAACAUUUCGCAACGAAACUUUGGAAUAUUACUAAUUUUGUGAUGCUCUUUGAAGCUGUGAUGAAUUUUUUGUCUAGACCAAAAUUUAGUCUAUAAUGCAAAUGGGUCCAUUAGAGACAUGGAAAUUCCCUUUCAGCAAGUAAAAUCAUCAACCAUUAUACUGCGUACUGAGUAGGAUAACAAAAUAGGCCACAUUAGGGAACAUUGACAUUGUAACUUGGAGAUAAUCUGCACAAUUAUAAAAUUCUGCUGGUACAGUAAAAUAGAUUUAUUCUCGAUUGAUCUUGUUUUCAGCACAUGGUACCAUUCAAGGAGUUACUUCCUGAUAUUAACAAACAUUUAGAACCAAAAAUUAGAGUGUUUGGUAAGCUUCAGUAAUUUAUUUUAUAUAUUUUAUUUCUCUCUAUCCUCCCAAGUUUUCUUUGAGGAUUUUUCUGGGAGGACUACUGUGCACUACCUCCCAACGCGUGCACCAGAACCUUUAAACACGGGUUCCCUGGGUACGAGGUUGCAGUUAAACUAUUUUUUAAUGUUUUAUUUCCGAUCUUCCUCAAAAUCCUCAUUGUUUUCAUUCUUGCUUUUCUUUUAUCUUUAUUCAUUCUUUCAUUCUUAAUAUGUUUUUCCUUCUUUCUUUGAAACAACAUGCUUUAAUUUUCAUAUCCCCAGCUUUGAAGCAAGUCACUCGUGGAUUUGAUUGUAAAACUAGAUGUUCAUCAAGAACUUAUGAAUACAUUUUGCCAACGUUUGCGUUUUCCCCAACCUUUGCAGUAAGUUACGUUCACUGUUUACAACACAACAAAUUGUGAAAUGUAUAAAUUCAUUUUCAUAUUACUAUUGUAUUGACAAGCUGUAGGAUUCAUUAAAAUUAUUUGUGUCUGCGAGCAAAAUUGUGCCUGUAAAAUUGCAUGAUAUGUUUGGGUCUUUGUCACUUUGACUUUGAGAGGUAAAUAUUGUUAUGUUUGUGAUGUUACUCUGAGUGCAUAUCCACACCGGGCAAGCUUGAAAAAUAUGCCUGACCACGGACACGGUGGGAAUCGAACCUACUGUACGAUAAAUAUUGUUAGUCAGGAUUCUAUACAGCUAUAGGUGCAUGUAUAAAAAAAGGUAGUCGAACUUCAGCGCGCUAUUGUACGUGAAUUACUCGGCGUGUGAACAUUUUUUUUUCAUAUUCGGAAAGAUCAGGCUUUUAGCUAUUGAAUGACAUGUUUUUCAUGUCAAGUGGAGAAAAAAUAGGCAAGUACGAGUCCGAUAAAAAAUGUUAGUCAGAAUCGCAUAUUUUCACCUCAGUGCCUAAUUAAAGCAGUGCAUAACAAACGAACUUGUCGUAGCUUAGCCAAGAUUUAUUCCUGCUAGCUUAAUAAUAAUUAUGAACAUGUGCAUGGUUUAUUGAGUGAAUAUUCAUCAACUUAAGUCCCAAAGGGGGUUAAUUUUCAAUUGUUUUAGACCCAACUCUCAACGGUGAAAAUAUGCGAUAUGACUAACAUUUUUUAUCGAAUUCGUAUUUGCUUAUUUUUUAUCCAUUUUGUGUGAAGAACAUAUCAUUCAACAGCUAAAAGCCUGAUCUUUCCGAAUAUGAAAAUAUCGCGUUCAUACGCAGAGUGAUUCAGGUACAAUAGCUCGCUGGCUAACAAGAUUUUGCCUGCAAAAAUUGAAAAGGUGCGUACAAGCUGCGAUCAUUGGCGAUUCAUUGUAACAAUAUAAAGGUAGACAAAUACAGUAUACAUGCAUAUGUAUGCGACCUAAUUUUUCAUUUCAUUUUUUAACGAUUCUUUUCAGCAUACAACAAGGGAUUUCAGAAUUACAAGUAAAAUGUCCAUUCCUACUAUUGUGUAUUGUGACUUUUUCUCAAAUAAUAAAGUAAAUAACCCAAGACGUUUAUGCGAGUUAACCUUUUUUCGUUUAAAGAUGAAAUUUUAAACGAACUAAAACUAGUUCUAAAGAAAUACGAAGGAACAAAGAAUUUUCAUAAUUUUACCUCUGGCAAGUAAGUAACCAUCAAGAGAGAACAUUUAUGUCACGUUUUAAACAGCAGGCGUUUGGAACAAGCGUCCUUUUUGGAACAGUACUCAAAUGGAUAAUUCCAACUAUACACAAAAUUUUGAUCUGGACAAGAAGAACGACAAAUUGUCGACAUUUACAACAUUUAGCAACCAAUGUUUGUAGUUUUAAUAAUUCUAAGACGCUCAUUGUAGCUGUUGUGUUGGAUUUCGUUUUUCUUGCCUUGAUUAAAAUUUUGUCUGUAACUGGAAUCACCCGCUCUCCCGCUUUCAUUUUUUCACACGAGAAUUCGUACAGUAACAGGAUGUUAGGCAGAAAAAAGUUUUGUCCGGGAAAAUUGGGAAAGUUUUUUUGACCGAUCAAAGUCCGUGUGUAGGAAUAAAUAGUGUUUUUUUCCAACGUGUUUCUCCUUAGAUGCAAACAACGGUAGCUUGGUUUUGUACAUUUCAUUUCUGGUGAAUGAACACUGAAAAAUGCACCCGAUGGUACUUCGUUUUGUAUAUUUCAUUUCCGGUGAAUGAACACGGAUGCACACCGAUUACACUUUGUUUUGUACAUUUCAUUUCAGUGAAUACACACCCAAUAUGAAUGAAACGCGAUACAUUUUAAGAAAAUAGUUAAUGGGAAAAAGUAAAUAAAACGUUCUUUGAUAUAAUAAUAUAAAAUCAAACGCAAUGCACUUUGUCAUUAGAAAAAAUGAAAAUCUUCCAGUAAGACCCAGUUGGGAAAGCCCCUUAGCUACUUCAAUUGGGAAGAGUCCGUCAAAUGGACAGUAUACGGGCUAGCUAACACCCUGAUGACUGUAAAGGUCACUUCAGCUGUAUCGUAACGCGCCCUCUCUUCGUUUCACAUGUAAUCUACUAUUGACAGAAAUUUGUUUCUUGACAGAGAUUUUAAGGAGGAAAGUGCCAAACGAUAUAUCAUCCGUUUUCAGGUGGUAAGGAAGACAUUUAUCCAAUUAAAAAUACGACAAGUUGAAUUGAAAUUUUUUACAGUUUUAUAAUUGUUCCUUAAUAUGGCAGUAUUAUGCCAGGAACAUUGUUCAGUUUAUCACUUUAGUUACCAAAUUUGGUGUGCGUUUCCCCCACUAAAAUAAAAUUGAGUGUCUUCAGUUUAAUAUUUUGGCUUCGCAAUGAUAACGGUUUCAUUACAUUAAUUGCUUUCAGGCAAGUGAACCGUUUUUGGAAAGGAACAUGGAGUUUUUGGUUCUACAAGUUCAAGGUCAAAGUUUUAUGCAGCAUCAAAUCAGGAAAAUGAUAGGU